GCGUUUGGUUGAGUAUCGCCAUGGUAACCGCAGACGCCUCAACAUCGCGUCGUCUGAUUGGUUGCUGUGUGUCUUUACAUUCCUGAUUCGAGUUUGUGUGUGUUGUUUUCUCAAAAAUAUAUGACGACCUUCAGCCAUGCGAUUCAACUGCCAGAAAUAUUCCCGAUCCACACAGACAUGAGAGUGAUGAAGAUAGUGUCAACAUGCCUCUCCAAGACAGAAAGUCUAGAGGAUCGAACAGACCAAAUCCCAAACCUAAAGAUAAGGAGCUUCUUGAUCUCAAGAGGCUUUUAUCACUGGUGUCCAAACAGGUUUCAUCUUUGAAUCAAUCCAAGGGACGGAAGCCUCAGAACUCCUCAAAUGUUCCCGAUCAUCGGAAAAUCGGCACAAACAGCGAAGCAUCAGAGCUGGAUAACUUUAGCGUGACCUACAGAAAACAGAGGUGUUUUAGUAACCAGCCACAUCACAGACUGUUCCUGGACAUCUUCACUGCCUUGAUCAACAACAGACUCGGUUGCAGGAACUGGCUGGAAAAUUCCUCCUCAGACAACAUCCUAAGAGUUUUAAACUGCUUGAGAUUGUUGAUCAGGGAUCCUCUUCACCAGAAAGUCUUCUUUGAACUCCAAGGUGCAGGGCAGCUCGCUGAGCACAUGGAGUCGGUUGCAACCGUGUAUCUAGAAUGCAGAGAACAGACGCUGGAAAUCGAGCAGCUGGUUGCAAUGACAUAUAUGUUUCAGAAGUUGUCUUCUGUUGAGGAGCAAAGGCAGUGGAUUAUUCAUUAUGAUGCACAUAAGACCCUCGUGAAGCUGCUCUCUACGCGGGACAGUAGUGUGGUAUUAGGAUCUCUGCUGGCUCUCACCACACUGGCUGAAAGUCAAGAAUGCAAAGAGAAGAUUGGAGAGCUCUCUCUUGUGGAACAUCUUCUAGUUUUUUUACAAGAGUAUGACAUGUUUUCGAAAAGGUUGAGCGCGGAGCUGCUGAGGUUGCUGUGCUCGGUGCAGUGCGUCAGGGAUCAGGUGCAUCAGUGUGACGGUGUGCCGGUGCUGCUCAGUCUCCUGCACUCGGAGCAUGUGAAGCUGCUGUGGAGCGCGGUGUGGGUUCUCGUGCAGCUGUGUCAGGAUCCCGACACCAGCGCUGAGAUCCGGGCGUGGGGUGGCGUGCAACAGCUGCUGCGCAUCUUACACGGAGAACGAGUGUACGUGUCCGAUCGCUCCACAAUAGAAACGCUUUCCAGCGCCAACGCAGCAGGCAGGAUUCACAGACAGCAUGUGUCGGCGGAGGUGAGCCCACAAGAGACGGCGGAGAACACCAUCAAUCUGCAGGCAGCAUGCUGUGCAGCGAUCACUGAGCUAGUUUUGGACGACACAACAGCACAUAAUGUGGUUCAGGAGAAUGGUGUGUACAUAAUUGGCAAACUGAUUUUGCCACAAAAGCUUCAAGAUCCUCAGGCAAAAUCUCUACAGUGUUAUGCUUUCAGGGCCCUACGAUUCCUUUUUAGUAUGGAACGCAAUAGACAUCACUUUAAAAGACUGUUUUCUCCAGAGUUGUUUGAGAUGUUUAUUGAUGUUGGGCACUAUGUAAGAGACAUUACCGAGUAUGAACCACUGCAGGAGAAAAUCGCCCUCUUAUUGGAGGAGGAAUUGGAUGUUCUCAGGGAAAGCAUAGAGACGGUGAACCAGAAUCGACCUCCUCUGAGAGUGAUCAAUGGUUAUGCGGUUUUGGACCAUCUGGGCAGCGGUGCCUUUGGCAGUGUCUUUAAGGUCCGUAAGCAGAGUGGACAGAACAUUCUGGCACUGAAGGAGGUAAACUUUCACAAUCCGGCCUUUGGCAAAGACAAGCGAUCCAGAGACAGCAGCGUGGAGAAGAUUGUGUCUGAGCUGACCAUCAUUAAAGAACAGAUGUCUCAUCCAAAUAUUGUGAAAUACUUCAAAACAUUUUUAGAAGCUGAUAAGCUCUAUAUCGUGAUGGAGCUCAUAGAAGGAGCUCCUCUGGCUGAACAUUUCAGCUCUCUCAAAGAGAAACGGCAGACGUUCACCGAGGAGAGAGUCUGGAACAUUUUCAUACAGAUCUGUCUGGCUUUGAGAUACUUACACAAUGAGAAACGGAUCAUCCACCGAGAUCUCACACCCAAUAAUAUCAUGCUCGGAGAGAGAGAUAAAGUCACCAUUACUGACUUUGGUCUUGCGAAACAGAAACAGGAGAACAGUAAGCUGACGUCAGUGGUUGGGACAAUACUGUACUGCUGUCCAGAGAUUGUGAAGAACGAGCCGUACGGAGAGAAGGCAGACGUUUGGGCCGCGGGCUGCAUCCUCUAUCAGAUGGUCACCCUCACGCCUCCGUUCUACAGCGCAAACAUGCUCUCGCUCGCUACCAAGAUUGUGGAAGCGGUCUAUGAGCCAGUAGAAGACAAAGCCUUCUCUGAGAGAGUGACUGACAUGAUUAAAUGGUGCUUGAGUCCAAACGCAGACGUGCGUCCUGACAUUAUCGAGGUCAGUUCCAGGAUUUCAGAUAUAAUGAUGAAGUUUGUGGACAAUCUCUGUGCAUCCUAUAAUUCACUGGAGAGAAGAGCGGAACGAGACAGGAAGAGAGCGCAGAAGUACUUCCUGGAGAGUAACAGGACCAGGAUUCAGAGCGUUGCCCUCAAAGAACAAGAUGGAUCACAGGCUCAGAGUUUGGAAACUUCUGCAUCUGUUUCAGCAAGUGGAGCAGAACAAAAGCAAAGCCAAGAAAUGUCAGGGAAAGUCAGUGUGAAAUCUUCUGAGCUGAACAUACUCAGUGCGGAUUGUCAAAAAUCAAAAGCACGUCCAGCAUCGGCGGGAAUUUGUUUAUCUCAGAGAAAAGUUCGACAAAUUGAUGAUCCCAACCAAAGGCUUCUUGAACUUCUGCAUAAGAUUGUAUUUAUAACUCAGCUCCCUCCAGCUCCACACAACAGCUUGAAGCAGCGGGCAGUCGAACGCUUCAAGAAACCUCUGUUCACAUACGGAAGUGAUCCAUACAAUCUGAAAGUGGAGCUCAAUAAGGUUCUUCAAGGAAGUCAGGAGCUUGUGGAGAUGUCUUCAGCCAGCAGAGAGUGGUGGUCCAUGAUCCAGUCUCUGAGUUCAGACCCAUCCACUGCGGAAAACCGUGGAGGGGAAUCAGGUUACACCAGUCUUCAAGAUGGACUCACCUAUGAGGACAUACAGAGUAUGGUGGAGGAUGUGCUGGAGGAGAACGGCUAUUACAGCGUGGCUCUGGGCAGCAGAAGUGACAUGGAUUCAGGAGCGGGAACCAGACGAACUCAAUCCCCGUGACCCCCAGCAGCGCUCAUGUCUGCCUCUCAGGUCAACCUGACAUUAUGAAUCAUAAGCUGAUUAUGUGCAUCUGAAGAACACGUGCUGAUAUUUGAAAUAUAUUGGCACAAUAUUAGAUUGCAAUAAUAGUCAGUGCAUGCACAUAGAUGAUUUACCUCAUUUGAAUCUGUGCACUUUAAUGUGUGUGAUUUUCCUUACUGUUUUUACAGAUUCGCACAAAACAGACAUUUGAAUUAAAUGUAGUUUCAAUAUAAAAUAGUGCUUUAGUUUUCACUAACUAAAUGAAUUUAUUGCUUCUACCCAUGUUAAAAUUGGUGGGAGUAGAUUUAACAAAACUCAGAGCAUUUAUAUGUGAUGUGUGUGUGUGUGUGUGUGUGUGUGUGUGUGGUAUAAUGACAUUGGUUGUCUUUCUAUAUUUUAUACAUUUUCAGUGGUGUCCAAAAGCCUGGGAGCACAUAGAAAAUCAUUGAUUGUUCUCUUUAACAGCAAUAUAUAAACUUUUAAAAUGGCAUUUGUCAAUGGUACUUAAUAAAAAUAGAUUUGUUCUUUAUUCAUGUUAGCUCACAGUACAUUUAUUAAUGGUAAAAGAUACACAUUUUAUUUAAAAAAUGUAUUAAAUGUGGAAAUUAAGAUUAAUUAAUGCUGUAAUGUUGUAAUGCUUUAAGUAUUGUUCAUGCUUAGUUAAUGCUAACUAAUAUAGCAAGUAAUGUUAACAAAUGAAAUCUAAUUGUGAAGUUGUACCUGUUAUUUUAUUUCAUUUUAUAUUUAAUUUAAUUUUUUAAAUAAGAGAAGAGUUUGACAAAAUAUUUUUAAAAAUCUACAAAAAACUAAUUUAUGUUUCUGAAGAUUGUAUCCUAUCCUGUGUUUUCCUAAUUAACCGAUUUUAGAAAUAAUUUUGGAAAAUGUUUGAAAUAUGUAUACAAAUAUAUACAGUAUGCAACUUUUCUGAUUGACCUAUUAAAUUUCAAAUGUACACUACACAGCUCAGUAUGGUGUACACUGUAUCCCACAAUGCAGUGCGCUUGAGUAUAAUAAAUAAACCUGAAGUGAUAUCAAGCACCUACUUUUUUAAUAAUUGGCCUAAAACAUCAAAAUAACACAUUUUAGGAUAACCACAUGCUGAAAGAAACGUAACGAGGUCAUGAUAUAAUAAUGCCACAUACUACUAUUUAUUAAUGGAGGCAUUUAUCAUUGCAUAUUUUUUUUAUAUGCUAUUCUUAAGUAGCAGAACUAUGUCAAUCCAUACACCGCUUAUCAGUGGAUAAGGACAUGAAGUGCAAUAAAGAGGCAUGACAGUAUAUGACAAGUAAAUAUUUAUUGAUUUUUUAAAAUUUUUUAUAAUGAUAUAUUUCAAAUAGAUAUACACAACUAUACAUACUGCACUGUUUUUAUAAGGAAACAAAAAAUAUGGACACACCAGAGCUGAUCGAGAGAGUAGUACGCCUUUUCCUGUGGGUUACAGGCUGAGAAAUGUCCAUCUUGUCAAGCUGUUUCCAAAUGCAUAGAGUAAACCGGGAGCAGCGCAUCCCAAAAUAACUGGGAUUUUAACAUCGUUUCCCUGCUCCGCGAUUAUUACAGAGAAGAAAAACAACAAAUGUUCCCCGUGUCCAUAAAUGUGGCGAAAAGUGAUAAGGCAAUCUGUACAAACGUCCAUAAAUAAACUCCAUCUCUUUCAUAGUUUUGUUCAAGUCCACUAUACAUGUUUCCCGCUGCAUAAUGGAAGACUAAUAACACCUCUCCAUACGUGGUCUAUAGAAAAACGCCAUUUAAAGUGACUCCGCUCAUAAAUUACACCUCGGCACUGUUAUUAUGGUGUCGGGGGAGCCGAAUGCACCCGAUCUGUUCAUCGACACCUCGUGCAAAAGCAUUGCCCCUGUUAUACAGGUUCAAAUGAUGCCAACAUGCUGCUAGCAACAGACAUACAUUCAGGAAAGAAAUUACAUCAUAUAUAUAUAUAUAUAUAUAUA